AUGCUACGCUAUGAUACCAAUACUAAGAAACUAAGUCUCAAAGAUGAUGCUGACACUAACCAAGAUAGGAUCAAUAAUUUAAACCAGAUCAACAGGCUAACGACAGCUCUGGUUGCAGAGAACAAUCCAAACUUCCAACCACAGCCAAGCAAUGAAACUACAAAUAUGAUUAAAAACAUGUUCCAAGCUGGAAUGCAACAAGCCCAGAAGAAAAAUUUACCCGAUGCAUUGAAGAAGGUUGACCUCGCUCUACAAAUGCGCAACAAAGCACGUAAACCUUGGGAACCAUUUGCUUUCCAACUACAAGAGCUACAAAUGAUGCUUCGUAACAGAACUGACCUCGAAUUGGUUUCCCAAAGGAAUUUAGACGCUUGGCAAGAUCUUGAAAUGCUUCUCAGCUGUGGUUUAAUUGUUCCCGAAGUAUUCUUAAGACUAACAGAUUGUCUCUUGAAGUUGAACUUGGUGGAACUAGCGAAACCAUGUUGUGAAAGAGGUCUAUCUUUAGACCCUUCAAAUGCUCAACUAAUAACUCUAUACAAAGAUUGUGAAAGAAGACUACUAGAACUUGAUGGUGACAAUUAA